CCUCUAGCCACUCAGCGCUCUCUCUCCCUCUUCAGCAGCACUGCCCGCUCUCUUUCUCUUUCUACCUUUCUUUAUUUCUCUCUCUGUCUCUCUUUUUUUUCUCUCCUCCUUUCUUUGGCUCACAGAAGGUUCCCAGGCUCCUGGUCUGUCCCUCUGCCAGUCCGACGACCCCACUGAAGCUCUAGCACCAACCGGGACACAGACUCUCACAAAGCUGCUGAGAUGGCGAUGAACAGCAUUCUCAACGCUGCCGACAUCAAGAAAGCCCUAGAGGCAUUCGCAGCGGCUGACUCUUUUGACCAUAAGAAAUUCUUUGAGAUGGUGGGUCUGAAGGCCAAGUCAGCUGAGGAUGUGAAGAAAGCCUUCCUGGUGCUGGACGCUGACGCUAGCGGAUUCAUAGAGGAGGAGGAGCUCAAGUUCGUACUGAAGGGAUUUGCCUCAGACGGCAGGGACCUGACCGACAAAGAAACCAAAGCAUUCUUAAACGAAGCUGACAAGGAUGGAGACGGCAUGAUCGGCAUCGAUGAGUUCGUUGCCCUGGUGCACGAGUAAUAGACACCUUCCUAAACCGACUAGCGCUCCACCACCCAGCCCCGAUACUCCCCCUCUUCCAGUCUGCAGCCAACCCUCACACGUGCCCCUUCCUCCCCCACCUCAUCCCUCCAAAUGCCCUCACUGACACCCAGCUCUCUCCCACUCAAGCGCACGGCUACUACUGCACUGGAGGAAGGGUGUCGUGGCUUACGCCCCCACCCCGCUAA